AUGCCCUUGUUGGAAAUAUGCAUAUGGUGGCCCAGUGUGAAAGCAUUUUUAGAAAGUCUACUUGAAGAAGUUAUAAUUGACCCAUCUGAGUCGAUGCUCAUCCUGAAGAACCACGUUGAUGAAAUAAUGAAGAGAAGUUUCAAGGGCCAGAAGCUGGUGCAAGGAUGGAAACUGGUGUCUCAAGAUGAAACCAAUUGCUAUUGGGAAGCAAGAGACAUUCGGGAUUGUCAAAGCAAUUUCGAAGUAUUUGUCAAAGAUACAGUUGAGUCAUUGAGCAGAAGAUACGACAUAUGCGUGUCAAUCAUGUGCGAAAUGUUGACGUGUCUUCAUUUAGAGUCCAUCAUCACUUUGCUAUGUGGUAAAAAGCCAGAUGGCAAGCCAUGCAUAAAUGAGGGAGAUCUUGAAGAAUAUGGGACGGAAGGCUUCAAGGCAUUUAUAAGUCAUAUAUGCAGCAUUACGCAUGUUAAAUUGGCCAUUGAGGAUGGUGCCAUUGAUCUUGACCCUCGGCUAAGUCACAUUGUGCACCGAAAAUUGAAGCAAGCACUUAAAGUUAUUUUGUGGCAGGAUAGAGAAACCAUGAUCAAUUGGUUUGAUUACGUCCCGUCUGAGAUCAGUGCGAAAAUUAAACCUCUUUCAUCUGUUAUUUCUAAAGAUAGUGGUAACCUAUCUUCCAUGGAGAAAGUACGUAUUGGAAGACCACUCGUCCCAGUCGUUUGUCACCACUAGAUUUCAUAUGCGAUUCACGAAAGGUGAGAAGAUAUACACAGUCCAGUUGAACGAGCCCGCGGUUUAUUUGUCGUUGUAUACAGAUGAAUGUGUGUAUUCGAAACUUGGCAAAGAAAUAUGCUUGGUCAUCGAUAUUGCACUUGCAAAAGGUGGACCUGAAACAAUCGUCGAGUCAUUCUACUCCCUGAUGAAGUGCCACAAGAAAGCUGGUGGUCAAAAUAAUAAAAACCUUUCCUUACGAACAAAGUUAGACUGGAGCUUGCCCGGACCGUUCUAA